CAGCCAUCCAGGAGAUGCAAAGAGGUCUCAUGGUAGAUCUCAGGUGGUGGAAACAGACAGGAAAGGGUGCUGUGGCGGGUCCUGGUUUCCUAGGAAGGAAUAUUCACAUUAGGGCUGUGGUUUGGUGUCUUAUCCCUAGGCAAUAAGGGAAGGAUGCUCUUCCUAGUGAGUGCCAAGUGGUGAUGGAGUCUCUGUGCACUUUACUGGAGGAAGAAAUUUCAAUGCCAUCUUAUUUUUUAUUCUUGUUUACAGAAUACAUAUUGUGGAAACAGGAUGAAGUUGACCAGUGAAAAGUUGCCUAAGAACCCCUUUUGUGCCUCUGUAUCUCAGCAUGCUUCCAAGAACCAAAAACUCUCCCAAUGCCGUAUGGAAAAAACUGAUCACUGUAGCCACGCUAAUCUGGUGGAGAAGGCAUUGCAGCUCUUGAAGGAAAGGAUAAGAAGAGGAGACGCUUUUGCAUAUUUCCUACGAGGUCAACUAUAUUUUGAAGAGGAAAAAGGAGUGGACUAUAUGAAGAAAAUUAUUGAUUCUCCGUGUCCCAGAGCAAGACACUUAAAAUUUGCAGCUGCUUACAACCUUGGAAGAGCUUAUUAUGAAGGAAAAGGUGUUAAGCGAUCAGAUGAGGAAGCAGAAAGACUAUGGCUUUUUGCUGCAGACAAUGGAAAUCCUAAAGCUAGUGUGAAGGCUCAAAGUAUCCUAGGAUUGUAUUAUUCAACGAAAGAGCCAAAAGAGCUAGAGAAGGCAUUUUAUUGGCAUUCAGAAGCAUGUGGCAAUGGCAACCUGGAGUCACAGGGUGCGCUUGGUCUCAUGUACUUUUAUGGUCAAGGUAUCCACCAAGACACUGACGCGGCCCUGCACUGCUUAAGAGAAGCUGCAGAACGCGGGAAUGUCUACGCCCAAGGGACUCUGGUGGAGUACUACUAUAACAUGAAAUUUUUUACAAAGUGUGUCACAUUUUCCAAAAGGAUCGCUGACUAUGAUGAAGUUCAUGACAUCCCCAUGAUAGCCCAGGUCACGGACUGUCUGCCGGAGUUCAUCAUCCGAGGCAUGGCCAUGGCAAGUUUCUACCACGCCAGAUGUCUUCAGCUCGGCUUGGGCAUUGCAAAGGAUGAAGCAACGGCUAAACAGUACUAUUCUAAAGCUUGUCGUCUGAAUCCUGCAUUGGCAGAUGAACUUCACUCUUUACUUAUUUGUCAGAGAAUUUAGACCACAGCACAUUGCAACAAAGACCAUCGAUCCUAGCACCGUACAGUGUAUGUAUGUUACAGCAGCCAUGUCUGAUUGUUUGCAUCCCUAGUUACAUGAUCCUGGGUAUUUUACACAUGACGUGUUACCUUUGUUCUUGAAUUUGUAUGCUGUAAUUUAUGCAGCUUGAAACCUAGAUAUAGGAUCAGAUUGCUGGAAGAAUCCCAAAGGUCUACCUCUUAGCCUUUAGACUGGCCUACACCAUUUGAAAUAUGAAACCAUUCUAUAAAGCCAGUAUCUUUUCCCUUUCUUGAGUGUCUGAAAAG